CCGUUCAUUGAUGUCAUGACGAUGAAUGCAUGGAUCGUCACCGGUGACGUCUGUACAGUCCUCCCCGUCGUCCAUCCAUUCAUCCCACCAUGGCACGCCACACCAGAUCAUCUCUUCUCUAACUCUCUGCUCCCCGAGUUCUCACCGUGGCCAAGCAGAGAGGGCAAGCAGUACAAGACAACCGCACGCUGGACAGCAAAGAGAUUGACCAGCGCAUAAGCCGGCACAACACACCAGCAGGCAGCCACGUCUGCACAGCCCCAACCACCUCAUGAAUGACGCACUAGCUGACGAGAUGCAUCCCAAUAUCGCCCAUCGGCAUGAACACUCACUCAUACACACACAGCAGCUGGCUAUCGACACAGACACACGUCAUUCGUCAUUCGUCGUCAUCCCCCACUGUUCUAGGCCUCCUCUUAAUGCGACCUGACACACACACACACACACACACCGAGUGAGCCAGCAUCGACACAUUGCCACGACACGGACACGCAGACUAACCUCGCUUCUUGAUGGGCGACUCCGGGUCGUCGUCAUCGUCAUCCUCACCCAUCUUGCUAGCCGCCCCCUCAGCCCCGCCGCCGCCCCCCUCGGCCUGACCGGCCGCCUCCCGCUUCACACCACCACCUACCUGCACUCAUGCACACGAAAGAAACGAGAUGGCCGCAUGGGCGCAUCAUCCAUGCCUUCUCUGGUGUGGCGCCCACCUUGUCUGUUCCGGCGUCAUCGUCUUGCUUGGAUUCAACUGCUGCUGCUGCUGCUGCUGCCUCCUCCUUCUGUUUGGCGGCCUUGGCUUUCUGCUCCUUCUCCUUGUCCUUCUGCGGCUCCUUCUGCUCGCGUGUGAUCCUCUCCCUCUCCUCCUUAUUCUUGGCCUUGUUGUGCUUGAAUUUGUCCGCCAUGGCUUUCAUCCGGGCGUCCUUGUCAGGCCUCUCCUCAUCCGCCUCACAGCCAUACGCUGCCUCGUCGUCAUCGUCAUCAUCGGUGUCCAUGUACUCGUCCUCGCUGUCGCCACCGCCACGGCGCUUCUUGGCCUGCCCCUUGCCCUUCCCCUGACGCGCCUUUGGGCGACCUGACGACACACACAGAGGGAGGGAGAAGGAAUAUGUUCGUCUGUCAAUGGACGGAUGGAUGGAUGGAUGGAUGGGAGCAUGCAGUGCAGAGAGUGUGAGUGUGUCCCGACCCCAAGCAUCCCCGCAUCGCAUCUAGCGGCAAGGCUGCCAACAUAGUCCAAGACUCGCUUGCUCUACGGUUGGCCAAAGGCCCUUAGCGACGGGUGGGUGAAAGAAAUUAAUCAGCCCAUCGAGGGUUCGGAUCCAACCAAUCACUCAGUCACUUUCGCCUGCCUGCCUGCCCACGCCUUUCUUUUCUCCCUCAUAGGUACCUACCUGCAUUUGCGCGUGCCUCUUGGUGCUGGUCCCCCUGCUCCUCGGACUUUAUCUGCUCUGCCUGCCUGUUGAAACGCUGUGCACGGCACGGGAGGGAGGGAGCCACACAAAGACAGACAGACAGGUGGGAUGAUAUCAUUUGUAGUGCAGUGCAGUGCAUGGUGGCUGUGUUGUGUUGUGUGUUGUGUGUUCCUCUCUGGCGCGUCGCUCAGCCACUGACCGCCUUGACGGGUUUGGGCAGGCUGGUCCACUUCUUCUUGGCGGCGAGCCACAACUCAUACGUCGUCCGCUCGGGAUUGCACUCCUGCACCACACACACGCACGCAUCAUAUCGACAACUGUUCCAUCAUGCCCCCCUCCCUGCCUCCCUCUUGUGAUGGGUGCUGUGCUGACGGACCACUAGAAACUCCAGACAGUCAGCGCUGAAUAUGUCCACCCCGCCCCUCUCCUGCUUGUCCCCCUCCCCCUCGCCAUCCUCCUCCCCCUCGCCGCCCUCCUUGUCCUUCUUAGUGGCCUUCUUGCCACCCUUGCUGCUGAUGGCCUCCCUGCCCUUCAUCACCGUUUUGGCCACCUCCAGGGCGGAGGGGAGGGGCAGCUGGAAGGCCGGCGUCACCGACACGAGGUGAGAUCUGCUGUCCUCCGCUAACUUGCGAUGCCCCUGACACGACACACAUUGCAGAUAGAUCUAGGUAUGGGAUGGAUGGCGUGUGGAGAGAGAUGCCAUGUGUUUUCGUACCUGCCUGGCCGCCUCAGGGGUGUCCUUCCACUCCUCUGGGGGCACACAGGCGGAAUGCAGAAGCGCACACAUGAGCAGAUCCAUCCGUUGCUAUUACGAGUUGUGGCAGCGCCGAUGGCUCACUGUCGAUUUGGUGGAAUAUGUCGGCCUCCGCGUCUUCAGACAGCUCCCCCUUGGCCCUGUGUUCCUUCCACUUGUUGAAGAGGAACAUGGUGUAGCCCGUCAUGGGCGGCAGACACGACAUCACGCUUUUAUAGCUAAGCCGAGCGAUGACACAGCGCUGCUGCACCCCUCCUACAUCCCCAUUUCCG